UGUAAGAGUUCAGAUAAAUGAUAUAUUGUGAAUGUGGAGCAGAUAUCAGCAGAUGAACAGGACUGGGCAAAAGGUGCUGGAGAAGUUUUUCUGCUUUCCUUCUCAAAAAUUUCCAAAGACUCCUGUCAUCCUGGAGAGAUAAACCUUUCAACCUCGAAUCCAAAGCCUCUCCCAGUCUGGUUCAUUUUUAAUCCCCAAAAGGACAAAUAAUAAAUGUGUACUGUGUUGGGCUGGCAUGGGGGAGGAGAGGGGAAAUAUUCUUUCUUAACUUUCCAAGCAUUUGUUUAGCAGUGUCCUUGUUUUUCCGCCUUCUGUACCUGCUUGGAUGUGGUAUGUCUGAGGCAAGCCCCAUCUGUUGUGUCUGGCAGGGAUACAAGGCUGCUGUUACUUAGUUACUCAUAUAAAGGGGGUGAGGGUGGAGAAUUUAGUGGGAAGUUUUAUAGCUCUAACUAUACCAGGCUGCAGAACAGAAAUAUGACCAGGUCCAAGUAUCUUAAGCCGGAACAGAAUUCAAGUUAAUUCAAAUGGCAUUUUUGUUGUUGUUGUUGUUGUUGAAGCAAUUGGGGUUAAGUGACUUGCCCAGGAUCACAGAGCCAAUAAGUGUCUCUGAACUCAGGUCCUCUUGGCUGGGCCAUGGAGCUGCUCCAAUUCAAAUGUUUUAAUGAGUACUGCCAUGUCCUGAGCAUUGGACUAGAGCAGGGAAAAACACUCCUUGGGCAGGCAUCAAAGGCUCUCCACAAUUUAACACCAAUCUACCUUGUACCUUUAUUGGAGGUACUUUAUUGGAGGUAUUCAACUUCUAUCUAACCUAACUAGAUAAUUACUGCCCCCAUUUUCCUGACUCUUAGCCUUUCCUGACUUAUCCCUAUGCCCGGGAUGCCCUCAAUGCCUUAUUUCCUUUUAAAAAUCCUUAUUCCUUAACCAAAACCCAAACUGUAUCCUUUGUGAUUCCUUCCUUGAUGCCUCAGGAAACAUGAUGUUGUGGGUAAAGUGCCAGACCUAAUGUCAAGCUGACUUGAAUUCACAUGUGAUCUCAAGUACUUUCUAGCUGUGAAGAUCUUGGGCCAUUCAUUUAAUCUCUUAAAUGUCUUAGUUUAUCUGCAGAAUGAAAAGGAUGGAUUUAAUGACUGCAGUCUAGUAACUUCACCAAGUUAUCAAUAAGUUCCAUUGAAAUAAUGGAAAUAAUGUAUGGAAUACACUUUGCAAAUUUUGAAGUCUUACAUAAAUGUUAAUUAUUAUACAUUUUUGUAUUCUAAAUUUAACAAACAUCUAAUAAAAAGUAUUUUAUAUACAUAAUGGAAACCAUAAAUAUUAUGCAAUCAGCUAUUAUUUAUCUUUAGUGCCUCUUGUAUAUAGUAGGCAUUUAACAACAAAUUUUUGUUGAGAGAAUAAAUGAACACAAAAUGAAUGAAGUAUGUGAUAAAAGUACUUAUCUAUUUGGAUGGAAAAUCCAAAUCUUAAUUUAGAGAGAAAACUAUGGAGACUGAAUGAAGACCAAAGCAUAGUGUUUUCAUUUUUUUUUCUUCUGUUUUUUUUUUUCUUUCUCAUGGUUGUCCCUUUUGUUCUGAUUUUUCUCUCCCAACAUGACUCAUAGAAAUAAGUAAAAAAAAAAAAAAGUACAUAUAUAACAUAAAAAAUAAAUUAAAUUUUAAAAAAGUUUUUGUUUAAAGGAGUUCCUAUCCUCAAAUAGAUUAAAGUAUAGCAGAUGUAAUUAAAAAUAUUUAUCACUUAAAUAACUACCAUCAAGUCCAAACAUCUAAAGCUAAAUCUCUGCACCUUUCUUUAUCCCCCCAUAGCUGAACCACAUGGACUUAGAUCCUGUGAAGAAACAGAUGGAUCAUAUGUGGAAAUUUGUAAAAAAGAGCCUGAUGGAAGGCCCUCGCUUUGAUGCAGAAACUGCUGCUGGCUUUAGGAAGCAACUCUUUGAUCGGAUGAAAUGCAUUUCUUGUGACAGGCCUGUGAACGUCAUGACAAGCCCACAGUUGAUUAGUAUCCGGAAUUUAGACAUGAGCCACUAUGCCAGGCCAGUCAGUGCAAACAGCUAUGACUAUCUAAAAGAGCGAAAAUUAAGGGAACAGCAAAAAAUGCAGCAGCUACAACCAAUGCAACAAAUGACUAAUACACCUGAAAAGGGGGAUAUGCCCACAGAUGGCCAGGCACGUUUGGAUAACAAUUCAAGUCUGAAGCGAAUCGUGAAGAUGCCCAACGUCAGCACCAUUCACCCAUAUGGGGAUCCAUCCGUGUUUCCUCCUCCGAAUAGUGAAGUGAACAUACUGGGAGUGGAUGGGAAUUUGUAUAAAGGCAGAAUGGGGCUUCGUGGUACUCCACGUUCCUUUAUGACUGAGAAGGACCUGGCAGGAUUAAGGGUUCCAAAACCACCACCAUCCCGCAAAGUAUCUGAGUAUACCAAUAUCUCUAAUGUCCUCUACCCUGCCUCACGCCCCAGAACCAGCCUGACUGCCCAGGUCCUGCAGCAGUUUUCGCAGCCCAUGAUGCCUUCAGGAAUUCUCCAGCAUUCACCAUCUUCUGCCAACUUAUCUCCAAAACUAUCCAGCACCUAUAACAGGCCUACUACCAAAACAACCAUUAGUGGUGGCCCAUUCACCAGCAAGUCCGGCAAGUCCGGCAAGUCCGGCAAGUCCGGCAAGUCUGGCUCUGCUUCUUUGCCUACCGGCGGUCUCAAUCCCAAUUCACGAGAAGAGGGAACCAACAUGUGAGCCCCUUCCACUCCCCCUUUCCACUGGAGUGCCCCUCCCUCUCCCAUUCAGAAGCCUUCCACUUAUAGCUCAUUCCCUAAAAAAACUCUUUCUGAUAAUGGAUUCCAUGGCCAAACAAGGCUGGAUGGAUUUGAAAUCAAAGAACCUGGGUUUAAAUCUCAACCCUGCCAAUUAUUACCCUAUGACUUUAGGCAGAUGACUUGUCUCUUUGAGCUUUAAUCUCCUCAUCUGUGAAAUAAGGAAGUUGGAUUAGCUGGGAGGGAUCUUAAGAUCUGGAAGAGAACUCAAAAGCCUUCUAGUCCAAUCCCCUCAUUUUACAAAUGAGGAAGCUGAAGUCCAGAAAGCUUCACUGACAUGAACAAUGUCUUUUUCAGGGGUAAAAUUGGAACUUGGGCCCUUAGACUUCCAAUCUAGUGUUUUUUCACACUGUUCCAGCUCUUUUAAGGUUUUUCAGAGGAUUUUGUACAUAUUUUCUCUUUUGAUCCAACCUCUGUGGCCUACCAGCCAGCCAGGGGCUUCCAAACCCCUUCCAAGGCUCAGCUCUCUUAUUUAGUGCCCCCGGGGGAUUACGGCUCAUUCUGACCCUGCCUUGAACAGCCUUUCCUUUCAUUCUAGCCAAGACCCUAUUCCUUCUUACAAAGUUUAGUUUCCUGUCUAAACUGUCUUGGAAGCCAGUGACUCCUGGAUUCCUGGUCCCUCCUCCCCUUGCUCCUACCACAGAUGAAUAUUUUUAGAAACUUCUACUCAGAAUAAAAUAUAACUUUUUUUUUUUCACUCUGGAUGAAGAGAAAGUAUCUUGGGACCACACAUUGAGGGUGUGGUUUUGCCUUCCACCAUUCAUGGAGUUGGGGGAGAAAAAAAGGAAGAGCCCAACAAGAGACUGGCUUCUACCCUCUCUUUAGGGCCCACCAUUCUCACUGCUGCCCUCUGCUUUCCUGCCUGUCUAGACCUCUGUCACCGUGGCUUGAGGUCACUCCCCUCCCAACCCCAUAGCAGAUGAAAAGGCACUCUCAUUAUAGCCACUGGUGGGUCAAGUAAGGACAUUGGUUAGAGAGUAUUGUAUCAAGUGGAAUACUUGCUUCUUAGUCCAUCUUAGGAAGGUAUUGCUUUCUCAAGUCCCUCUAUGUCUCUGACUAGCUGGAAAGAAUAGAGGGCAAAUCAUCUUGAAAAAGAAUAAUGGGAGAUAGUAGAGUAUGAUAGAGGUUUGACAUUGGAGACCCAAAACCAACCAACCUUGCCAAAUACUACCUGAAUUAACUUUGAACAGGUCACUUCACCUCUCCAUGGAAAUGAUAGUUUGAAUUAGACAACUUCUCAGGUGCCUUCAGCUUAAAAAUCUAUGAUCCUCUUACAAGAAGAGUAUUUCUCUUUCUCCCCCCAAAUCCCCUCUCCCCACAAUUGAAACUCACAUAGAGGAACCAAGGCUGGAUUUCAUAGGGACUAGAAUUCUGCAUCCACUCUUUUUUUCCUACCUAGACACAUGGUUCAUUCUUAGGAGCCUCACCUCUAAUGAGAGAGUGGCAAGGCUCCCUUUUCUCAUGUUCAUCAUCUUAGCAAACCUCAACUCUGGUGCUCAAGGGACAAAUUUAUGUACAGUUUAAGAUUAUAAUUCACACCUAGGAUUUCUCCCAAAGGAACAAAAUUAUACCCAAUAUGCAAUAUGAAUCAGAGGAUAUGUAAUUUAUUUCUACACACAAACAGAAUUUCAGACAUAGGACACUACUGUGCACAUAUCUGACAAAUAACAAGAUUUUAAAAUUUAUAAGUACAAUUACAAUCCAUUAGGAGAUUGAUAUUUAAAUUUCAUCAAACAUAAGACAGAUGAUUACACAUUAUGUAUUUCACCUCAUUUCUUUGACUAUUUGAAAUUCUCCUAAUGUGUAUCUGCUGGUAAAAUAGUCAGACUUGGACCAAUCUUCUUGUUAGAGACCAACUAAAAAUGAAGUAUUUGCUGGGGACUCCUCUCCUGCUGCCAUUCAGCUCUGAUGUGAUAAGACCCAGGACUUCCAAAUCUGUCCAUUAGGUUGCAUUUGUACUUGGAUACAUUCAUUUUAUUUUUUUUUUACUUUCAAUAGUAUUUUAUUUUUCUAAAUACAUGUAGAGUUUUCAACAUUCAUUUUUGUAAGAUUUUGUGUUCCAAAUUUUUGUCCUUCCCUUCCUCCUCUUCCUUCCUUCCCAAAACAGCAAGUAAUCUGAUAUAGGUUAAAGAUAUGCAGUUCUUUUAAAGAUAUGUCCAUAUUUGUCAUGUACAAGAAAAAAACAAACUAAAAAACACAAGAAAACAAGGUGAAAAUAGUAUGCUUUGAUCCACAUGCUGUCUCCAAAGUUCUUUCUCUGGAUGCGCAUGGCAUUUUCCAUCAUACGACAUUUCAAGACAAAUACCCAUUUUUCCUAAGAUCAGGAAAGAACAAACAUAAAAAAGCAACCCAAAUCCAAUUUCAGACUUGCCUGAGCAGGACAUGUGCUUAGAUGCCAAGUGCUCACAUCCACAUGGAUGCCAAGGUUGUGAUUGGGACAAGCUGCUCCUUCCCCUAACCCCAUCUUGGGAGGCAACUUAAAUUAGUCCUGACACAAUUCACAGCCAGAAAAGUUGAGAGUUAGUCACUCCUUUUCAUUUAUCCUUUAAAUCAUCAGCUCUUCUGGCUCCAUUGUCAAUCAGUAAAUAUUAAGCACCUACUAUGUGCCAGACACUGUGCUAUAUACUGAGGAAUUAAAGAUCAGUCCCUGCUCUCAAGGAAUUUUAUGGUCAGAUGGAGCUAUAGCCAAUAUUGUAUUUUUUAUCUCAGAAUGCAAGCUUUUUAGUACUGAGUCACACAUCACCGGAAGAAGGCCCCUAAACUCCUAUGUGAUCUGAACUGGAACCAGGAAUGGCAAAUGUAUGCACUCUUCAUAGAAAUAGCCCCUUUAGACCAAAUCAAUCUCACUAUAUUAUGAGCCUUAAUCCUUAUCAGAAUUACCAUUCUAUUAAACAUCUAUACAACAAUCCUUUAAAUCAAACAAGGCAGGAAUGGAUGUUAUUCCCGUUUCAUAACUGAAGAAAAUGACCUUUGUGUUGACCAAGCUGGGGGAAGCAAAGGAGCUAUGGAGAGGUAGGAAGCAUCAUGAAGUGUGACCCCAAUACUGAGGAUCAUCAGUCAGAUGGCAAAGGUUCAAGUCAAGUGAAGAGAUAAAUAGCAAACCUCCAUUCAGCAGCCUGGCUAUUGUAACCCAUCAGUUCUAAAGAGCAUUUAUCCACUGAUGAAAGGUGAGAGGAAAAGGAUGCUAUGAUUAUUUUAUCACUAUUUUUGCUGCCAGGAUCAAUUUGUUUUCUACCUCCUUCCAUAGUUCCCUUUCUCAUUUAGAACCUGACCUCUCCCCUCCUUUACCCUCCACCAACUAGUGCCCUAAUGCUACCCUUAACCAACUAAAACUACUCCAUCUCAUUUCUCUUUAUGUACAUGUACUUUCUUUUCCUUUUCCCUGAGAAUCUAAAUUCUCAGUCUUAUGUAUUAUUCUUUCGCUUUCUUGCUUGUAACCAGUUCUUUCAUCUUUUAUGGCUACUAAUAAGUUAAUGAAUUACCUUUUCCCAAUAACAUGUGUAUUUUGUCAGGGUCUUAAAGCCUUAAUCUAUAUAUGUGGGGAAUGUGGGAAUGAAUUUCAAGGACUAUUGUUUAUUUUGUAAUCCCACUCCAAUCUCAAGCAUGGUGCAUUUUCCUAUAGGACAAUUCUGAGUGCUAAGGUAUCUGGAGGGAAAUAUGACCCCCAGUCAGCUAAGUGAUCUCCAGCCAUCAGUGCUGUACAAGCAUGGAAAUACUCUGGGGAAAAAGAGUUCAUAAAUCAGGCAGACAGCGCAUAGACUUUUGAAUCUUGAGGGAGAUCUCCCACAGUAUUAAAUAUUACAAGGCUAUUCAUGAAAACACCCUGUGUUUGUGGAUGAAGUAAAGUUAACUUGGGGGUAGGGGUUAUUCCAUGAACCUCUCAAAUUCAUCUAUGAAGAUAGCUACCUACUUUACUAUAGCUAUUGAGAUAAUAUGUGUAAAAAAUUUUUAAAGUGAUAACAUAUGUAAAGUAUUUUUUAAGCCUUACAGUUCUAUAUAAGCAAUAAGUCAAGGCAAAAGGCUUUUAUUAAACAUUGUUGGCGGAACUGUGAAUGGAUCCAACCAUUCUGGAGAGCAGUUUGGAAUAUGCUCAAAAAGUUAUCAAACUGUGCAUACCCUUUGACCCAGCAGUGUUUCUGCUGGGCUUAUAUUCCAAAGAGAUCUUAAAGGGGGAAAGGGACCACAUGUGCAAAAAUAUUUGUGGCAGCCCUUUUUGUAGUGGCAAGAAACCGAGUGGAUGCCCAUCAAUUGGAGAAUGGCAUAAAUUAUAGUAUAUAAAUGUUAUGAAAUAAUAUUGUUCUGUAAGAAACAACCAGCAGGAUGAUUUCAGAGAAGCCUGGAGAGACUUACAUGAACUGAUGCUAAAUGAAAUGAGCAGAACCAGGAGAUCAUUAUCUAUGGCAACAAGACUAUAUGAUGAUCAAUUCUGAUGGACAUGGUUCUCUUCAACAAUGAGAUGAUUCAAACCAGUUCCAAUUGUUCAGUGAUGAAGAGAGCCUCUAUACCCAGAGAGAGGACUGUAGGCAUUGAGUGUGGUUCACAACAUAGCAUUUUCACUCUCUUUGUUGUUGUUUGCUUGCAUUUUAUUUUGCUUCACUUUUUCUCUUGUGCGGCACAAUAAUUGUAUAAAUAUAUAUGUAUAUAUUGGAUUUAACAUAUAUUUCUACCAUGUUUAACAUAUAUUGGAUUAUUUGCCAUCUAGGAGAGAGCAUGGGGAAAGGGGGAAAAAUUGGAACACAGGGUUUUGCAAAGGCUAAUGUUGAAGAAUUGUCCACUCAUAUGUUUUAAAAAAUAAAAAAAGCUUUAAUUUUAAAAA